AUGCAUAGAGGUAAUCAAGGUAGAUCCAGUUAAACGACAAACACUCCAUUGAUGAAUUCAAGCAAGCAUGCAAAGCUUUAUGACUAAAUAAAUGCUAAUGAUAGAUCAUAUGAUAAUAAUUUAAACAAUAUGAGCAAUGGUAAAAUUGAUCCUAACAGCACACUUGACAUUAAUAAUUCGAAAAAGUCUCCAUUCCAGUCCUCAAAGAAACAUCACUUCAGUAAACAAUCAGUUUAAAGUUAUUAAAUGUAUUUAAUAGAUGAGAGCCAUGAAAACAUUUCACAAAUUAUUGCCAAUACAUCUUAGUUUGAUCAAACCUCUAUAUUCGCCUCUCCAGGAUACUAGAAAUUGACUGAUAAAAGCAGUAAUUUGCAAACAUCAAUAAAGCAGUAAUAUAUGAAUAACAAGAAUCCGCUUUUAUCAAAUCCAACUCUUUAAUCCCAAACUAGUGUAAAUUCAUAAACACAACAAUAUAAUUAAGAAGUGAAUAACAAACAAUCUUAAUCAGCUUAUAUCUCUCCCUCCAAAUCCUCAAAGUUAUCACCUCAAAAAGGUUCAUAGCCAAGAAGUGGUAGAUCAAGCAGCAGAGACUCUAGCAGUCAUAGAGACCACAGCCAUGGCAAAAGAAGUUUGCAUAACUCAGCCUCGAGACGAAGUUACUCAACAGAUUAAGAUCAAAGUGAAAAGUCAUUUGCAUAUCCAUGUCAGGCCUUUAAAUAAUUCCUUUUGACUGUGAGAGAAGGGAAAAUUGAUAUGAAGGAUUUGAAUAAUUCACCAUUCCUUGUCGAUUAUUUAACAAUGUAAGCUCAUUCUCAUGGAGGUGGUGCUCAAAGUACUACAGACCAAAAACCUUUUACAAGUACUCUAAGAUAAAGCUCUAAUCCAAGAUAGAACAGCAGAGGAAGAGAUAGCUCAGCUAAGGCUAAAAGGAAUGCAAGAGAUAAGAAACUUAAUGUCCCGAAGGAAUCAAUUCUUGAGGAGGAUGAAGAUGAUGCUACUCAUACUUAAUAUGGCACUAACAGCAACUACAAUACUUUUAAUAAAACUGAUGGAAGCAUUCCUAAUAGAAAUAGCUCCUUGUCAAAAGGGGGAAAACAAAACUAAUCUAAAGAUACAAAAACAAGAGAUAGCUUGAGUAAACAUAAUUUCAAAGAGGAUCAAAAGAGCAAGAAAGAUGGAUCAUAAAGUCCACUAAAACUUUCCGAUUUAAAGAAUAAUAGUCAAAUGAAGAACUAAAAUUCAUCUUAAAAGAAACAAAGGAGAGGAAGGAAUGACAGAUCAACCAGUGGCGAUGAGAGGAAUAAAAUUGUUGAGGCAAUACUCGAGGUUGAUGAAUCUACUGAUCUAAGAUUUGAUGAGAAAGGAAGGCCAAUAUAGAGCAAUAAAUAUAGUUCAUAGAAAUAAAAUCCUUAUAGAUAAUCUGAAGAUGAGUAUAAUACAGGAGGAGGAAGCAAUAACAAAGGAUCAUUAAACAAUAGCUUCCAGAGCAAAUAAAGAAGAGGUAGAAAAGAUAGGAGUGUAAACAGUGAUGAUGCUUAUAAUGAUAUUAACUACAAACAAGAAGAUAAGCAAAACCCUUUAAUGCAAAGUCCAAAUGAGCCAAGAUCAAUAUCAAAGUUACCGAAGCCGGCAGCAAGAGACGAUGAUCCAAAGAGGUCUAUCUAAAAUAAAGAAAUCUUAAAGCUUGUACAUCCGAAUGAUACGAAUCCUCUAAGUGAUGGUACAUUUAAAGACUACCAAAAUUCUGGUACUGGUGAAAUAGAUCCAUUAAGUGAGAGAGAUAAGCUACCCCUCCUAGCAAAAAAUACAGAUUUCAAUUCAGAUGUUGAUUAUAAUCUUACAUCAUUAAAUAACUAGGACUUAUAGAAGAAAUAUUUGAAGCAGCCAUCACCUCUUAAAAAGUAAUAGUACAAAGAGGAUGAUAGUAAUGAUAUUGACAGAAAAAUCUCGGCUAGAACAAAUGAAGAUGUUGAUCUGUUGAAUGAUAGUAAAAAUUAUGGAAAGUAAUACGAGGAAGAAAAAGAUCAAUAAAGCAACUAACCUGUGUAAAUGAUCACCAGAAAGGGAAACAAUUCAAAGUCGAAAGUCGGAUCUGGCUACAAUCCUUCAAAUAGCAAUUCUAAAUCUAAAACUAAUCUAGGGAAAAAUGAGGUUGAUUAAAAAUUUGAUGAAGAUGAUGGUACUAAAGAAACACUUAAGUUUAAAGACUUCUUAGAAAGUUAAUCAAAGCCUAAAAGCAAAGGAGAAAAUGAUCAAAAUAGCGGUAAAAGUGGAGCUUUUCGAAGAAGUGAUGAUUCUAGCAAAUCAAACAACAGAUACAGCAAUCAAUUAUAAGUUGAUGAUGAAGAUUAAGGUGAAGAUCAAUAAAAUCUAUCAGGAAAGAAAAAACAAAGAAGAGGAAGAGCAUCUAGAAGAGAUCAAUCUAGCGAUAUGUCUCAAGGAAGGCCAUCUAAUUUAAGUAAUUAAGGUCCUAAUUAAGAUAAGAAAAAUAAUAUUCAAGAUUCAGAUAGAAUAAAUAAUUCACAAGAAAACUUGGAGAGCUAAUUAUCUUACAGAGAUUAGCCUAGAUAUUCAGAAAGAUCUAUAAUUCCAGAGGAACUACCAACUUCUAAAAGAUCUGAGAAAACAAGCAGAGCAGACAGAAUUUCACUGAAAGAAAAGAAAAAUAUGCAAUUAAACAAUGAAGAUGAUGAAGAAGGCUUAAAUAAUUAACCUUUAUCAUAGUAAAUAGAUGGCUUAACUACGGAUAGGCAAUAUCAAUAGCUAACAGAUUAAGAUUUAUAAUCAAAUCCAGAGAUAUAAAAUUCAGCUAGAUAAAAUUAAGAUAAAUAUCCACUAGAAUAUAUCAAUUCAGAAGGUUAAUAAGAAAGAGAAAACACUUCUCCCAGUAAAUAUAGCAAAUAUAAUACUUCUCCUAAUAGAAGAGGUGAAAGAGAUUUGGACCAAAAUUUGAAAUUAGACGAUUAAUAAUUAGAAAAUUAGAAAUCUGUGAACUCCUUGAAUUUAGUAAAAAAUAAAAAGUAAAGCUAAGGCAGCUUCAGUAGCUCUAAAACAUUCUUGAGUAUUAAACAAAAAACAUAGUAUAAGAGUAGACUAAGAGAGUUAGAGGAUAAAUUAAAGAAGUCAGUUUAGGAAAACCCAACUAAGCCUUUAGAUUACGCAUUGAUAAAUGAGCUUUAGAAUGAAGCGGCAAAAACCAUUCAAAAUAGAUUGAAAGAAAUAAAAUAAACUUAAGAUGACGAUGUUGUGAGAAGAGGAAGAUUUUGUGACAGAAAAAUAUAAACAGAUCCUGUGAACCUAUUUAGUCUUGCUGCUAAUAGCAAGAAUGAUAUGGAUAAAUUCAAAAAGUUCUUCUUUGCUGUAUUUUACACCUAUAUGAUGAUGAAUACUAUUAUGGCAGAUGCUUUCAAGAAAAAAUGA